AAUGCUGUGUCCAUCACCAUGCGCGCUGUGACGCUUAAAAGCGCAUCAUCACUCUGCCGGUCUCUCUCUCUCCCCAUCUUCAUCGUGCCCGCGCAUUGUUCACUGACAGUCCGCUGAAGAGUGUGGAACUACACCGGCAGCUUUGCUUCGCUUGUAAAACUUCUUGAAACUACGAAUCAUGGCACGCAAUAUGUCGGAGUUCUCUUUGAGAGGAAAUGCAAUUCAUUCGUAAACAAUAAUCCAGAUGUUAUUCGUUUAAAAAGCUUUCAAAAAAAUAUUUAUGUAUCUCCGUGGAGGACCGGGCGAACGUGUUGUUCGUUUUUACCUGGGAACAGGUGGUACUUUGGGGUAAUUGGGUAUAUAAAAAGAUCUAAAAUGAAUGAAACACUGGACCUGAACUUUACCCUUGUGGAUGAUGGUAACUGGACUUUUCUCAAUGGCACUGGUGAAUUCUUCUUACCUCAGAACAACAUUACAUAUGUUGGAUAUUACCUGCAUCAGUCAUCAGUAGCAGCAGUCUUUAUAGUCUCCUACCUUCUCAUUUUCCUGGUCUGCAUGGUCGGAAAUGGAGUGGUGUGCUUCAUUGUCUUGCGGAGCAAAAACAUGCGCACUGUCACCAACCUUUUCAUCCUCAACCUCGCCAUCAGUGACCUUCUUGUUGGGAUUUUCUGCAUGCCCACAACUCUUCUUGACAACAUUAUUACAGGUUGGCCAUUUGGGAGCAUGGUCUGCAAAAUGAGCGGUAUGGUCCAGGGCAUAUCAGUCUCGGCCUCAGUUUUCACCUUGGUUGCCAUAGCGGUUGACAGAUUCAGAUGUAUUGUAUAUCCCUUUAAGCAGAAACUGACAAUAUCAACAGCCACCUUCAUUAUUGUGAUAAUCUGGGUCUUGGCAGUGUCCAUCAUGUGCCCCUCUGGCGUCAUGCUUCAAGUGACUAAAGAACAAACCAUCCGUGUGUUCCUGGGAGAUGGCAACCGAACGAGUCCUUUCUACUGGUGCAGGGAAAACUGGCCCAACCAGGAGAUGAGGAAGAUCUACACAACCGUCCUGUUUGCCAACAUUUACCUAGCUCCUCUGUCCCUCAUAGUGAUCAUGUACGCAAGGAUUGGGAUCACUCUGUUUAAAACGGCUAUGCCAGCAGGGUCCAAACCUGGCCACGAUAACCGUCACUCUGUGUCGAAGAAAAAACAAAGAGUGAUCAAAAUGCUUCUCAUCGUGGCCUUGCUCUUCAUCUUGUCCUGGUUGCCUCUGUGGACGCUGAUGAUGCUAACAGACUAUGUUAAACUUACUGAACAUCAGUACAGGCUUAUUAACAUCUACAUCUAUCCCUUCGCCCACUGGCUAGCCUUUUUCAACAGCAGUGUCAACCCGAUAAUUUACGGGUUCUUCAACGAGAACUUCCGCCGUGGAUUUCAGGCCAUCUUUAAGUUUGGCCUGUGUCCUGUCGGUGGUCAACAUCGGACCUAUUCUCACAGGGUGCAGGGUAAUUCUGUGCAGCCAGUAAACCUGCAACCCUCUACAGAGCCCAUCUCUCUUAAUAGCUUGGAGAACAACAGCUCGAGGAGGAUGAACCACGUCAACGAACAAGACUUAGUGAUGGAAGAUUUAGAGAAAGUGUCUGAAUGCAGCAUGGAAGGAGCUUCUCUUUAAGUGAAUAAUAAUGGGCUGCCAGUUUUUAGAUGACAAUGAUGUAGGCUAAAUAACAGGCUCAUUACCUCUUAAAAUAAAGACUAUUAUUUCAUAAAAAAAACAAAAAGAUUAUAAAUGUGAGUAAAAUCCAUUUUAUACACAAUUAUGUUUUGAACAGUCAUUUGCUGUUAACAUGAAUGUACUUUCUGGCACAUCUGGGAGUUUAUCAUCUGUAGUCUUGUAAACUGCAAUUUGUAAAGACAUAUUUAGUUAAACUAAGAUGUAAAAUUAUGUAUAAACAGAAUCAUGUUGUGUAUUCACUACUGUAUACUGAUGUAAACAUCUGGGAUUUAACACUACAUAAUUUUAAGUUUAUAUGCAAUCUGAAAGUAUCAAGAACUGCAUACAACGACACAAUCUAAAAUAAUUAUUUGUUUCUGGAUUACAAUCUGGGAUUUUAAGAACAGCACAGGCACAUCAUAAUACUAAAAUUAAACAUACCUCAUGUGUGACAAAUCCCUCUUAAUGCUGAAAUAAAUUUCGAAGGGAGUUCUUUUUUUAAUACCAUAUUUUUAUUUUUAUUUUUUUUAAUUUGUGCCAAAUGGCACAAAAGAGCCUUUUAAAAUGAGAUUUAUCUGAUUGUUCACUGUACAGAACAUGUAGUAAAUAACUCACACUGGUUUCCCUGUUCAUCAGUGUUGACUUUUGUCAAAUUGUUUGACAGACAGAAGUAGGUUUUAGGCAAAAUUAUUUGAUGCUCAUGAGGCUGGAUGUACGUAGCACUGUGAUUCACUGGCCUAAAGCUAGUUCACUCUUCAACCAUGCUUUUUACUGUAUGUGCCAAAACCAUCUUUUAAUUUUUCAUUACCAUUUUCAACUCUCUCUGUUUGCAUGUGGAAUAAACCACUUACUUUCCUUUCGGGUUUUUUAGUGUAGUUUUACUACCCCUUCCUCCAGCCUACGUUAUCUUGUGACAGCUUCACAAAUUAUUCUGUAGUGAAACUGUUAAAGUCAGACUGGAAUCUUUUAAAGAUAAACCUCACAUGCGGAGCAAAAGCCAGGACAAACACAAAGUUUGUGUAUAAUUGUUUGCCUGUACUUUGUACUUUUUAUUCACAGUGAUUUAGAAGAACAGAACAAGCUGUUUUUGCAGAUCAGUUUUAAUAAAUGGGUUUAGUAAGCACACGCUCACCUAAAGGAUUAAUGGGAACACCUCUUUAAUUUCUUAUUAAUACAAUUAUCUAAUCAACCAAUCACAUGACAGUUGUUUCAAUGCAUUUAGGGGUGUGGUCCUGGUCAAGACAUUCUCCUGAAAUCCAAACUAAAUGGGAAUGGGAAUGGGAAAGAAAGGUGAUUUAAGCAAUUUUGAGUGGGAUGGUUGUUCAUGUCAGACGGGCGGGUCUGAGUAUUUCACAAUAUGCUCAGUUACUGGGAUUUUCAUGCACAACCAUUUCUAGGGUUUACAAAGA